CUAUUUGUUUUAAUUCAGUGCGCCCAGAGGCUAUUUAAUCACACAUUUAUCCAGUGCAACAAAAGCUAAUAGACAAAUUAUUAUUAACAACCUUCAAACGGUUGUAGCACUCUAGCAACUUUUUUGCCUUUUAACAUCAUCGCAGCAGCAUUUGCUGAAUUUUUGUAGGCGUACAGGUGCUUGCAUAAAAGCGAUUCCGAGGAAGCAACAAAUUCUGCGUCACUAAAUAUGCUAUUUUUAAAAAAUGUAUUUUGUGUAAGGUGAAAAUGAUCGCAAACGUUCAAGAACUAUUCUUAAAAAGGUUUCUUGUGAUAAGUGCUCUAGUAAUUCUUUGUGCAUAUGGGAAACAACGUCCAAAUAUCAUAUUUAUUUUGGCCGAUGAUUUGGGCUGGAACGACGUCGGUUUUCACGGUUCCGCUCAGAUACCGACGCCAAAUUUGGACGCCCUCGCUUAUUCCGGUAUCAUUUUAAACAACUAUUAUGUCACACCUAUCUGCACCCCAUCUCGGAGCGCCCUUAUGACCGGAAAACAUCCGAUACAUACGGGAAUGCAACACGUUGUCCUCUACGGCGCUGAACCUCGAGGUCUACCAUUAUCAGAGAAAAUACUUCCCCAAUAUCUUAACGAUUUGGGAUACGCUUCGCAUAUCGUCGGAAAAUGGCAUUUGGGCUCAUAUAAAAAAGUUUAUACGCCACUCUAUAGAGGCUUCUUAAGCCAUUUAGGAUUCUGGACAGGUCAUCAAGAUUAUUUCGACCACACCGCAAUGGAAAAAGGGAUGUGUGGGCUGGAUAUGCGAAGAAAUAUGGACGUAGCGUGGGAUUUGAGUGGACAAUACUGCACCGAUAUUUUUGCUAAAGAAGCAGUUAAAAUUAUUGAUAAUCAUAACAAAACGAAUCCGCUAUUUUUAUAUUUUGCACACGCAGCUGUUCAUUCGGGAAAUCCCUACGACCCUCUCCCUGCACCGAACGAUACAGUUGCAAAUUUCAAUUAUAUUAAAAAUUCUAAUAGGCGACGAUUUGCAGGAAUGCUGAAACAUUUAGACGACUCUGUUGGUGAAGUAAUAGAAGCCCUAGAAAGAAAUGAGAUGUUGGACAAUUCUAUUGUGAUAUUCUCUACCGACAACGGAGGCCCAGCUGCGGGUUUCAAUAUAAACGCAGCGUCUAAUUGGCCCCUGAGGGGCACUAAAAACACCCCGUGGGAGGGUGGAGUUCGGGGAGUUGGACUAGUUUGGAGUCCUCUAAUCGCCAAGCCGCAACGUGUAGCUACUCAAAAAAUUCACAUAACAGACUGGUUACCUACACUUUUGACCGCUGGUGGUGGAAGCACAAGUGUUUUGAAAAGUAUUGAUGGAAUAGACUUAUGGAAUUCCUUGUCACAUAACAAAGAAUCGCCCCGAAUUGAAGUGCUACACUAUAUUGACGAUAUAGAGGGGGUGGCAUCACUUUCAUUCGGAGAUUGGAAAAUUAUAAAAGGUACAACAUAUAAAGGACAAUGGGAUUCGUGGUACGGUCCUUCCGGUAGAAAAGGCUAUUAUUAUAACAUUACAGAAAUAGCCGAAUCACCAACGGGAAAAGUUCUGAUUCGUCAAAAUAAUAUGCCGAAUGCGGAAAAAAUUCGCCAGUUAAGAUCUGAAGCCCAAUUAAAUUGUACUUCAGCCGAUUCCGCAAAAAGGAUCAAAUGUCUUCCUCUAAAUAGUCCCUGCCUUUUUAACAUAGCAGAAGACCCUUGCGAAGAAAAUAAUUUAGCAUCAUUAUAUCCAAACAUUUUGCAAUGGUUGGAGCAUGCGCUACAGAAAUUGAAUUCCACCGCGGUACCACCGGCCAAUCUGCCUAUUGACGAAAGGGGAGAUCCAAAAUAUUGGAACAACACCUACACAAAUUUUGGAGAUUACAUUUCUAAUAUAAGUUAAAAAUAACUCUUUAAUCUCCUAUCAGUCACCCAAUGUAAAAAAAAACUAAAAUAAAUAAGAAUAAAAUUAAACUAACAAAACAAUAAAACUAAAAGUUUUUUUCUAGUAAUGUUGGGCUGACAAUUCCUCCAACCUCACUCUAGUACAAAGCUGGAGCGAACAGCGGAAACCCUUCUUCGGCCUUUUUUUACGAAUGGGUAAGAAUGGAUAGGUCGUGGUUGGGGAGAGACAAAUGAAAUAGACACAUGAUAAGUGAAAAAUUAUCUGUAUAAUAUUAUUAUUACUGUCCUAUGCAUUUGCCUCUCAAUGAUCAAGGAAAUUAAGGAAAAACUUUUAUCAACCCGGAAUCAAUAAAUAAGAAUAAAAUUAUAAAAAGUUAAUGUAUUUUGUUGCCAUCAUAUUGUUAAAGAAGUUAUCAGUCUAACAACGUAAUCAAAAUAAACAAAACAAUAGAAAAAUA